CAGCCAGCGACGCGCAGUGUCUAUCUGGAUAGAGUCCUACAGUUUGUGGUUGCCUCUUUGAAUUCCACGGACCAUUUACUCUAAGUGUCUCCCCGGUCUGAUUGCGAGGAUUUCCCUGUCAAUUACGGCUCCCGGGAUUCCAUCCUCAGCCACAAAACCAGCUGGAGAAAGCAGAAAAGAAAAGAUAGGCCUGGUAUAGACAGGAGCAGCACUGGCAGCAGGGGUAGAAGGCAGGUGCCCUCUGGCCUGAACGGAAGAACAGCCAUGCGCUGCUCCACGCUAAUAUGCAUCCUGACAUCUGUGCUGGCCUACCUGGUCAUGGGAGCGCUGGUGUUCCACUACCUAGAGACCCCGCGUGAAGAGGAAUUCCACAUGAAGCUUCUGGACACACGACGGAAUUUCCUUGACAAUUAUACCUGUGUGAGCCCUGAUACAUUACAAGCACUGAUAGAGAAGGUUACAGAGGCCAUAGGGGCGGGUGUCGACCCAAAGAACAACGACACGUUCAGCAGCAGCUGGGACCUUGCGAGUGCUUUCUUCUUCUCUGGCACGAUCAUCACCACCAUUGGUUAUGGGAACAUCUCUCCAAAGACAGAGUGGGGAAAACUGUUCUGUAUCUGCUAUGCUCUGCUGGGGAUCCCCAUGUUUGGGUUCCUGCUAGCUGGAGUAGGGGACCAUUUAGGAACUGGGCUGAGAAAUGCUGUUACUAAGAUAGAGAUGCUCUUCCUGAAGUGGAAAGUGAGUCCAACUAUUGUUCGGGUCAUCUCCGCUGUGCUGUCCAUCCUGCUGGGAUGCGUACUCUUCGUCUUUGUGCCCACACUGGUCUUCCAGGAGGUGGAACAAUGGUCUUUGCUGGAAUCCGCCUACUUUGUGGUCAUCACGCUCACCACUGUGGGUUUUGGGGAUUACGUAGCAGGUGAUGGAGGGGAUAACGGCACAGACCACUGGUAUAAACCUCUGGUAUGGUUCUGGAUCCUACUUGGAUUGGCCUACUUUGCCUCCAUCCUUACCAUGAUUGGGAAUUGGCUACGAGUCCUGUCGAGAAAAACCCGUGCUGAGAUGGAAGGGCUCAGAGCACACGCCACUGACUGGACCCAGAACAUCCAGAACAUGUCCGUGGACUUCCGCAUCUCUGGCAAACUAGACGACCCAUUUAAGCGGCGACGCAGAAAACGACGCCACGGUCACAGAAGUCAUGGAACCAGCCAAAGUGGUCCAGGUAAUGGCGGUCCAGGAGAAGGUAGGAGACAAGAGGAUGGAUAUUAUGAUGACCAAUCUGAAUCUGGAUCCUCCUCAUACUCAUACACAUCCAAUGAAUCAGACUCGGAAUCUGAGACGGGCUCAGAGGCAACUCAGACGGAGCAGGUGCCAGACAUGGUCGGAAACAAGAAAGAAAAAACAGACCCCACAUUCUCACAACCACUGGAUUACUUUGGAGAAAACCUAGCCUAUAUUGAUGAGUCCUCAGAUGCUGUUAGCGGCAAGCUUCACCUGGACCCGCUCCUGGACAGGCCUGAAUUGCAAAAGGCUGCACUGCGCAAAGCUAAGAGGAGGCGUCAGCGGAGAACAGAAAGGAAAACACCCAAAACUAGCCCCACAAAGCAGCAGCACACAGCACCUAAUGGAGGAAUUCUUCUAACACCACCUAAUACCACUCCACCCGCAUCACCACAGCCUUAACUAGCAAGCACCUAAUGGGAGAGAACGGUACUCCCUCAAAAGUGCAUUUAAAAAAAUGACUGGAAAAACUUCACUAGUUUACACUUCCCCUGUCAGUGACUGUUAAUGUCCCAGCAUGUGAGAAAGGCCGAUGACACCGGGUGGGAGAUCAGACCUCACACGUGCAUACACCAGACACCAAAGCAAUGCUUAUAGCUCCAUCUCCUGCCUGUUCGUAGAGAUGCAGCUGGAUUGCCUGUGUGGUAAGUUUGGGCAUUCAGCUCUUGUCAUAGUGGCCUUUAGCCUGCUUUGUUGCUCUUUAUGACAAUUUCUUAAUUAAACCAACUUCAGUGUACUACAAAUCCAAAGAUUUUCUGCCAUUACAUAAACGUUAUUGACCCAAAGUUUGGCGCUUUUUGAUAUUUUGUGUAACACACUUUUCUCUUCCCCUCAAAUCAUUUAAAAUGGACACAGAGAAUAUGACCACUAUUAUCAGUGAUUACAUUUUUGGAAAUUGUUAUGAAAUAAAUUUUAAUAUUUAAUAUCAGAUUAAAUGCGCCUCCGUGGUCGGUGAUUCCGGCCUUGGG